CUCCACUAAAAACAAAAACUACAUAAACAUAUCAGCUGGUGGCAGUGAGUGUGUUUGCUCUAUCGCAACUUCAUGCUGAGUAAGUAUAGUUUUCGUCGUGUUGUCAUAAUCGACACCGACGUCGUUAAUAAGACAAACAGCGUGUGAGUUAUUAGAAAGUGACAGCUAGCAACAGCUAAAUAUUCUCCUGUCAAAGUGAUCUGAGCUGAGCUACCGAGGCGGGGACACUGUGCAGCACUAUAAAUAGUGUGACAUUAUGGGCAACACAAGCGACCGAGUGUCGGGAGAUCGCCAUGGCGCCAAGGCCCACCGCUCAGACAGCAGCGGCAGUCACAAAGACCAAGAACACAGCAGUAAGAUGGUGGACAGCACAGAUGACCCCAACAUCUUUAACACCCAUGGGUCAGAGUCCAAGGCGACAGGAGAGAAAGAAUUCACCCCAGAUCUGGAUGACCUGGUGAAAACUGGUCCUCAGGCUCGACCCACUGUCAUCCGCUGGGCCGGAGGGGGGAAGGAGGUCUACAUAGCAGGUUCCUUUAAUAACUGGAACACCAAGAUACCACUAAAUAAAAGCCAUAAUGACUUUGUAGCAAUCCUGGACUUGCCUGAAGGAGAGCACCAGUACAAGUUUUUUGUAGAUGGACAGUGGGUCCAUGAUUCUUCAGAGCCGGUGGUAACCAGCCAGCUCGGUACCAUCAACAACCUGAUCCAGGUGAAGAAGUCUGACUUUGAGGUGUUCGAUGCCCUGCAGGUUGACUCUCUGGAGUGCUCAGACACAUCAGAUCUGUCCAGCUCCCCUCCAGGUCCAUACGGACAGGAGCAGUACGUCUUCAGACCUGAGGAGCAUUUCAAGGCCCCGCCAAUACUCCCCCCUCACCUCCUUCAAGUCAUACUCAACAAGGACACCAACAUUUCUUGUGACCCUGCCCUGCUGCCGGAACCCAACCACGUCAUGCUGAAUCACCUGUACGCCCUCUCAAUAAAGGAUGGAGUGAUGGUGCUGAGCGCGACUCACCGAUAUAAGAAGAAAUACGUCACAUCUCUGCUUUACAAGCCUAUUUAAACGUCACCUCGGGUGCUCCACAGUGCUUUUAGAGAGCGGCAUGUUUUGUUUUUUUUGUUUUGUUUGUAUCACACCACAUUUAGCCAAAUCUUGCACUGAAACAAGUUUACAGGCGAGUUGAACGUCAGCGGCUGUGACUGUGGCUUGGUUUUAAAAAGGUUGCACUUCUGUCUACAUAGGGCAUUUUUUGCGUAUGUACCUAUAACAUCUACAGACAGAUAAGAGACUGACAGAAUCACUGUGUGUGAGUGUUUGCUGCACCUUAUGCAUGUCGGUGUGUUAAAAAUUGAGAGAAAAUGAAGAGGCACAGUGAGGCAGCACAGACCUGUCGUAUGCUGCAUUGACUGAUAUUUCAUUCAUGGUUCCUUUUAAAGGAAGCUGUCAUUUUGUGAGGGAUUUUUGAGUGUUACUGGUGAUUUUAAAAGUGUUCUUGAGCUGACUCAAUUAAGUUUUUAACAAAUUGACUUGAUGUAAUUUUGGGCUGUAGUGCAUGCAUGCAGAAUAAGAGAGUGACUUAAUCCAGCCCACAGUCAGGGUUUAGGUACUGAAGAGAGCAGUAGACUUGCUUGAACGUUUAAGUGCAGAAACCUCAAGGUAGACUCAGACUCAUGAUGUCUGUGCUUGUUGAGGAGGCAGCAGCGAACAACUUCUCAUGUUACAGAUUAUGUUGUUUCUUCAAAGUUAUUUUCUAAACAUGUUGUUGGUCAAAGGUCGCUGUUUGGUUCUGCUGUUGCCAUUAUCUUUUCAUAACGUUGCGAGCACUUUACCAUCCUGUGAGCAGGAGUGUUGAUAUAAGCUUUAACUAUGCAGCCUGACAACUCUUGUACUGUAGCUUCUCUGGAUUGUAGAAUCUGAUUUGUGCUCAUUCAUUUUUAGAUAUUCAGACCUUGCAGUGCUUUAUACGUGUGUGUGUGUGUGUGUGUGUGUGUGUGUGUGUGUGUGUGUGUGUGUGUGUGUGUGUGUGUGUGUGUGUGUGUGUGUGCGCGCGCACGUGCGUGUAUGUGUGUGUGCAGUGUGCAUGUGUUGAGUUUGUAUUUAUCAAACUGGAAUGUAUUGUAUUUAUCGAUUAUUAGUAUCGUCAUGCACAAAUGUGCGUACACUCAGACAGCUUCAACUUGCUGCUUUGCAUGUAUUGAAUGUCUGUAACAGAUCUGACGUACUGCAGAUGAAUUGACAGGGCUAUAAGGGCGAAUUUAAAGUUGUACAAUCUUUGCUCGUGUGUGUUGUUUAUAACUAUUUAAGCUAAUCUGUGUUUUGAGGUACAGUGGCUUUGAGACAUGUGAAAGUUAUUUUUUUCUCACUCGUCAGUCUUGAUGUUUAAUGCUCUGCAGUUACAGUUCAGUAUAUACCCACAGUUGAUAUUCUACAGAAAUGUAAAAAGGAGCUUUUAUAAAUCCAUUUAGCGUUUAACGAGACGCUCUGAAAGUAUUUUGUGAAAGUGGAGCCUUGCCAUGAAGUGCAAGACUUGCAGACAUGAUAACGGAGAACUGACAAGCGUCGUGGUGUAAAGGCUAAAACCAAAACUUGAAUUUUACAACCGUUUCAUGAAUGUUUUAAAAAUGCUUUGCAAAGUAAAUAAGUGUGAUUCACUGUACAAGGUUUAACUUGUUUGCAAAUAAAGAGAACAGGCUGUUCCUGG